GAAAUCAUAACAACAUGUAGCGUAAAGUAAAACUGUAGUCGUUUUGUUAUAUUCUUUGUUGGUAUAUACAAAUGAAUAAGUACAUAAUUGUGCAAACGUUGUGAGUCAGAGUACCUGACGCUGAGGUGCCCUACAGUAUCAUUUGCUGAUAAGCGGUCGUGAACGCAAAACACUCCAAGGAUUGAUAAGUUUUAAAAUCGAUUUUGUUCCACUAUCAUUGUUAUCUCAUUUAUCUGGGACAUUGGUAAAUCUCGCGAAGUUGAGUUUUUCUUUGGUGUUAUGUCAACAGUCAGAAUUUCUGGGUGUUGUAGAUAUGUGAGCACAACGCGGUUAAUGUGCGCCUGAAAUGUUUGAUUCGUACAGAUUAAAGGAAUGGCUGAGUUUGCCCCUUAUACGGGCUCAUCUCUGCACCUUAGCAGUGGCAUUCAGUUUCAAUAGCACAUGGCGCGUUCCUCGAGAUGCGUUUCGGUAUGGAGGUGUCACUUACGCUCUGGUAUUGUCUGUUGUCAUGGUAACAGUCGCCCUACCGGUAGUUUUGCUACACCUUGCUAUCGGUCAGCUCAGCCAGCAAGAUGCAGUUGGAGUAUGGAGGGCUGUACCAUUCUUUAGAGGUGUUGGUUACUUGAGAAUGCUGGUGUCAUUUUUGGGAUCCGUGUACACCAGUAUUUAUGUGGCCCUGACUGUUACAUAUUUUUUGUACACGUUAAGUAAUUCAAUCCCUUUCUUGGAUUGCAUGGAAUUGAUAACAGAGGAGGAAGACAUUAGAAGAAAUUUGAAUGCGUCUGAAUGUCUGGACGCUACUUUUAUGUCGCCCAUUACCGAGAACCCGGAGUAUUAUUUAGCUGUAGCGUUGAUAAUCGUGGUUUUGUGGAUUGCGUUUCCUUUCAUAUUUUACAGUCCAGUAAAAUUAAUAAAACGAAUAUAUUACGUGUGCGGACCCAUACUGUUGUUGCUAUGUAUCGUAUUAGCCUCCGUGCUUGGAGACAGCGCCAACAUUUCCUCGAUAUUGGCCAGCAACGACUGGAGUAACUUCUUGCACCCGGACAUCUGGCACGGCGCGGUGGUGCAGGCACUCUUGUCCACGCAGAUCGCGGGAGGCUUCCUCAUAUCCACGGGGGAUUCCGUGUACGCUAGCACAAACGUUCAAUGGUCAGCAUUGGUAUUUGUGACAACAAAUAUUCUGGCAAGCUGGACCAGCUUACUGUUUUGGUUUGGUGUGAGUCCUGCAGGAGAUGUCGGGAGAGACACUGGCAUGAUGGCUGUGCUCGUCGAAACUUACCGCACUGCCGAUCGGAAUGGCUUGGAUAUUGUGUGGCCGAUGCUCAUAUUUGCUAUGUUGUUUCUAUCAGGAAUUAUAACAAUGCUUACCUUACUGCUUCCGAUAUACGACCGAUUGCGUCGUGUCGGUGGGGUUAAGUGGCGAGUAGUGUCGUUUGGGGCGUCCAUCGCGGGCGCUGGCGUGUCUCUGGCGGCACUGGCUGGCAGAAUACCGGCGCUCACGCUCAUAGAAGACACCGCGGUUCCAUUCCUGACUAGCGUAGCAACCAUCGUUGAGAUUUUUAGCGUUCAAUUUCAUCUAUGUCCUGGUGUGGGGCUGGUGCGCCGCGCCGGGAAUCAUUGCUCUAUAUUCGUUUGGUGGAGUGCGACGAUAUUUAUCGGCGACCCGGCGUGGACCGAGCCUCCUUGGACGGCGAGCUCUCUCGCGGCAACUACUGCGACUGCCGUCGUCAUCUUCUUAGUCUUCGCUACAGUAUCCAUUUGUAGACAAGUACAAUACGAUUUUAUUGGGAAACUUACUUCAUCAUUCAAACCAUCCCGCCAUUGGGGCCCGCGGGACCCGAUCACCCACUAUUACUGGUUAGCCAGCCGAGAAGAGGCCGACAGGAAUAUGCCAAGAAACAGAUACUACAGAAGACAGCUUGGACAGUUGUCCACGAGGCCUAGCAUCCUGCACGUGCCCAAUGUUACUAACACCAAGCAAAUUACGGAUUUCAAAAGACGAUCGAACUCUGACGAUUGGUUGUACACGGUGUACAGAAAAAAAUACUUAACACAUGUGUUACACGAACAUGUUAGCGAAAGGAGACGGUCGAAGUCCCUCGACUGGGCCGUCUCGAACGUCUUCAAGAGGAAUUCAGAUAUUAUUAGCAUCAGUAAGGACACCAUAGAUCCUAAGGAAACUAAUAAUAAUGUUAUUGAUAGAUAUGUAAGUGACAAUGUUUUGAAAUAAAUGUAAGUACAUGUUUAAA